AUGAGUGAUCAUUUUUGCCUGAAAACUGGUUUUUUAAAAUGGAAGCCAGAUUAUGACAGUGCGGCAACCGAAUAUGGAAAAGCAGCUGUUGCUUUUAAAAAUGCCAAACAAUUUGAUCAAGCCAAAGAUGCCUGUCUGAGAGAAGCUGCUGCACACGAGAAUAAUAGGGCUCUUUUUCAUGCCGCCAAGGCUUAUGAGCAAGCUGGCAUGAUGUUGAAGGAGAUGCAGAGAUUACCUGAAGCUGUUCAUCUGAUUGAGAAGGCCAGUAUGAUGUAUCUAGAGAAUGGGACGCCUGACACAGCAGCCAUGGCCUUGGAACGAGCAGGAAAACUUAUAGAAAAUGUGAACCCUGAAAAGGCCGUACAGUUAUAUCAGCAGACAGCUAAUGUGUUUGAAAAUGAAGAACGCUUACGACAAGCUGUUGAAUUACUAGGAAAAGCCUCUCGACUUUUAGUACGAGGACGUAGAUUUGAUGAGGCUGCACUUUCCAUUCAGAAGGAAAAGAAUAUCUAUAAGGAAAUUGAAAAUUAUCCAACAUGUUAUAAGAAAACAAUUGCCCAAGUCUUAGUUCAUCUACACAGAAAUGACUACGUAGCUGCAGAGAGAUGUGUCAGAGAGAGCUAUAGCAUACCAGGAUUCAAUGGAAGUGAAGACUGCACUGCCUUGGAGCAACUUUUAGAAGGGUAUGACCAACAAGACCAAGAUCAAGUUUCAGAGGUCUGCAAUUCUCCACUUUUUAAGUACAUGGACAAUGAUUAUGCCAAGUUGGGCUUAAGUUUGAUGGUCCCAGGAGGAGGAAUCAAGAAGAAAUCACCAGCAACACCACAGGCCAAAAUUGAAGGUGCAGAAGCCACAGCUGGUGGUGAUGAAGAAGAUGAUGAAUAUUCAGGAGGACUGUGCUAGUUAUUAACAUCCAUAUUCUCAGGGUAGGGGUGGGGUUGGGGAGAAAAAUCUGAUUUGCUGUUUUGUGGAUGUUGGGUGUACCCAAAUUCUUAGCCCUACUCUGUAGUCCUAAAUUGGAACACCAAUGUAGAAGCUUCGUAUUUGGGACUACUAUACCAAAAACUAGCCUCAUUAUCCCUUACCUCCUGUGAAUCAUUAGUUUAUUCCUUCCUUGCUAAAAGUUUGUCUAGAGUACCAGCUUCAAUUAUCUGUUAAGAGAAUUUCUACAAAAAUGAUAACAGGCUCCUUUGAGAGCUGGGUUCUGGACUUAAGAAUGUCAAUUAAGAAUGGCAGGUGAAACAUUUGAAUGUCACUUUUCCAUUUAUGAUUUUUAUAUUCCCUGGCAAAUACUUUUUUCUUUCUUUUAUUAACCAAUAAUUGGCACUAAAAAAAUGACUUGUCCUGAUCAAAAGUCAGUACCUGGUCUGCUUGUUUUUCUUGUGUGGUAUGUGUGUGUAUUGGUGUGUUUGUGUGUGGGUAUGUUUGCACACACUCCUAUUUUAAAGGAAAUCUCAUGCUCAUGCCAUAGGACACAUUAAAUGAAAGUCCUUUCAGAAAAUAAGUUUGGGAGCAAGAGAUGACUUUGAGCCUUUGGACUGUCUUUAGCCUAUUGAAAUAUGCAUUUCAAGUCUUACAAGUCAAUUUGCAAAAUUGGACUACAACUUAUUUAGCUUUACCUGGAUUUAAACAAGAUGAACAUAUACAUAAUCCAAAGAAGGAGCAUUAACUUAGGUUAAUAGGAACCCAUGAAAAAUCCUUCUGUAAUCGUGCACUCUGAGAAGGAAACCAAGAAUGAAAUGAGUACCCGUCCAGCUCCUCUUAAACAAACUACCUCCCUGCCAGAGAUGCAGCUCCUGGGCUAGUCAGUACUGGAAGAAGAACUGGCUAUUGAUGAGGACAGGGUCUGCAAGGCGGAAUUUGAGAUGAAGGGGAAGAAGCAUUUUUGAAAAAGUGAUGGGUUUAAAGCACCACACUUUAAAUUAUUUAAGUGGUUAGGCAUUUCCUAAUGCUAUGAUGCUUUCCUUUGGGGUCUUACAAAUGUUCCUUAUAUGCACUUUACUUUCUUGCUUGAUGGUCGAAAGAUUUAGCAUCAUCCCUUUUGUGCUGUAGUCCUUUCAAGUGGUCUUCUUAUUUGGAAAAGGCCUCCAGGCAAAGGUAACAUGCAUUCUGCAGGCAGAUGCUCACCACCACCUGUGCACAUUAGUUUCCUAUCUAUUCCCUAGACAUCCAUAUACACAUAUCCAUACACACAUACAUACAUACACACACACACACACACAUAUAUGUGUGUGUGUAUAUAUAUAUAUACACAUAUACACACACACACAUACAUAUAUAUAUGUGUGUGUAUAUAUACAUAUACAUAUAUAUAUAUAUAUGUAUAUAUAAAUUUCCUUAUUUAUGUCUGAUCUCUGAAGUAACUGUAAUGAGACCUUCCAGAAGCCACUUCUGAAAAUCAGUCUCAUGACUCCUCAUGUAUGCAUUAUAGUUUAUGCAUAGUUCUGCUAGUACUCCCUGGGAGCAUUAUGAGUGGAUAAAUGAAAAUAUAUUUAAGAGAAGUACAAGUGAUUCUUUAGGAAAGCUGAACAUUUUUCUAGAGUCCAUGAUAAAUCCUGUGUGUUUGUUAGUGCAGAAAUGUUUAUUUCAGCUUGUUAUAAGACACUAUUAUAUUUAACAUUAUUUUGAUUUAUCAAGCCCAUUACAUCAUUCUGCAUAUAUCCUCAUAUUUUCAUAUUUUCAACAUUAUAUAAAGCAUAUCAGGACUAACUUUGGACUGUCAUCUGCAUUUGGUAUUUAUUAUUUCAAGAUAAAAAUGUUCACAUCUUACGGAUUCAUUGCCUCAGUGCUGCUAUACCACUUCAUUCUAAUCACAAGCUUCUAACAGUAUGGAGUCAUAUGUAGUCCUUACUCUGGACAGAUUAUUACUUGCCCCCCAACCAAAUACGGCCAUAUAUGAGUCUAUAUUGUACCAUUCAUUUACCACCUUUUUUGUUUUUGUUUUUUAUAGAAUUAAACAUUUUAAUUUUCCAUUUAUACAACAAAAGGCCAGAAGUGAGUUAGUGUGUGCAAUAGUAGGAACAUAAUGAAGUCUCAGUUUUCAAAAGAAAAGUUUGGGGAUUCAUUUUUUAUGUAGCUGCUCCUUUCUUUCUUAGAGGUCCCCUCUCUACUUUUUUCCCCAAUGUUCAGAACCAAAGCACACUCCAUUUGUUCAGGCAUGUGUGAAUAUUUCUUUGACAGGGCUAUUCUUAGUAUUGAAAAACAUUUGUUUCAAAUUGAUCUUUUUUUUUUUGCCAUAUGAUACAGUUUGCACACUUUAAAAUAUUCUAUCAUGAAAACCAAGUUAAAAGUGGAAAACAGUGAGGUGUUAAAAUAAGGAAAAAUGUUUUCCACAUCUUUGCUUUUCCCCCGUAAUAUAAAAGAAAAAGUCUGCAUGGAUGUGCUCAAAAUUCAUCAUAAUAUUCCCUUGUAAGUGAAGUCUGUCUCCUUCAUAUAUUUAAUAUAUUAAAUUUGUACAUAUACAGAGUAUGGUAUUCUUAUAGUGUGAAGCCUGUGCUUAACCUGUAUUUUUCCUAACUUUGUGAUGUAUAAAUAGAGCAUUAAGUGUUAUAGUAAUGCAGAUUAUCGACUCUGGAAAGAGACUCCAUAGGUGACAAUUAUGAAAAUAAAACUUGAAGCUUUAAUUUGG